CGAUACGUCGCCCUGACCUCGCCUAGGCUCUGGUGCCCGGCCGCUGCCUCAUACCGCGGCUUGCGCAACGCUGGCCGCGCGCCUCUCGCUCCGCUGUGCUGUUGUGUGGCCAAUACGACAUUCCUCUGCACAUCCCAGAGAGGCGCACGAGAAACUAUCGCAUCGCUGUUCGAUAGAUCUCUCUCUCCCCCCUCAAUGGCGUGUGUCUCGACCGGCACCACGGCCGGCUGCGCGCCGGGAGACGGGGAGGACAGGAAAGACCAGCAGGAGCUUUCGCUCGCGCAGCCGCUGCUCCGCCACCCCUGACUGCACUGCUCGACAUCCAAGAACCCGGAAUUCAUUUUUUGCCUCCCGGACCUUCUUGAAAAAGGGCGCUGCGAUGCUGGCGAGGAAGGGCCUGCAGUGCGUCGCGGGCGCCGCGGGCGCCUCGGCGGGCGCCGGUCCACGCAGCCUCCAGAGGAUCCAGAGGCGACUCUCCGGCCGGGCUGGCAGUCAGCGCAUCGGCAUCCUGGGGGUGCCCUUUGAAAAGGGCCAGACGAACCAGGGAGUGAGUAGGGGUCCUAGUGCUAUUCGAGGAGCUGGGCUACUGGACGCGCUUCGCUCGCUAGGACACGAUGUGCAGGACUUCGGCGACGUCUCUUACGACAACGUGCCGGAGCUAGUGGGGCCGGAGAACAUGGACAAGUACCAGCACGUGGUGGCCUGCAUGAGUGAGGUGAGUCGGGUCGCCUUCGUGCUGGUCGCGGUCACGGACGGACGGUGGAUCAGACCCGGUGGCGGCGGGACGCACCCGCCAACAUAGAGUUUGGAUCAAUUUGAAAGAAGUGCUACUAUCCAAACUUUUUCGGGCGUGGUUAUUAAAUAAUCUGGUGCGUCGUCCAAUGUUCUGGCGCAGAGUCUAAAGGUUUUAGUCCGUUUCAGUCUGACUCCUAAACUAAUUUGAUGUGUACUGUUGAACGAAAAAUUCAAAUUUGGUUCAAGUUGUCGCGUCUGAACGCGUCAACAACAACAACUGAGGGCCCAUGACAAGUAAGGCUUCUUGUCUGGGAUGGAUUGCAUUUUCAAUGGCCGUCUAGUUGAGUUAAGGGGAAUUUAAGGGCUGAAAGCGACAAAAUUUGAAUUUUGUUUGAUGCCUCACGAUAUAUAAUCCUUUCAACUUUCGUGGCAUUCGUCGACUCAAAAUUGUAUUUGCAGCCACCCCUGUUUUUGCGACACUAGGCAGGCCAUAGGCAGGACGAGGACGUGGGCACCAUAGAGAGGAAGAGACUCCGCGGAGGCCCAGAGCGAUGAGAGCCGUCCCGUCGGGACGACCGCGGGGCUCGCCGCGCUCGCUGUCGUCGCCACCCGCUAAGGGAACCUCCAAAUAACAAAUCACACGCCAUGAGAAAGCCGGGCCACCACCACACUUGGCAUGGGGGUGGGUAUAGGAGUGUGGCGGAGCGGAGGGAGGGGAACAAGGGCCAACCUUGACGAGGACACGCACGCUCGCACGCACGCACGCACACCGCGCGCCGCCGAGUCGCGGCACAGUCACACAAAUGGCCCGGCGAGGAGCUUCCGUGUGAUUUGUUCGGUAUCCAACUUACCCCUUCAACUCCC